AAGUUUCGUUCUUAGUAAUUGUCUGUUUUAAUCAGCGAUCUAAUUUAAUGAUGUUAUCCCCUUGAACUGAAUCUGCUUUUAUCUAAUUGAAUAUUACAAUUAUUGUAAUAAUUGGCUACUAGUUAUUUGGCUAAUCAAUGAUAACUUGCUACUCUUUUUACACUUCAUUUCUGAAAGCAAGAAUUGUUCAAGUAACUCAGUAUUUCACAUCCCAUGUUAGAUAAUUAAAUAUUUUUACUCAUUUUGGAGGCGUAAUUGGUAAUCGAACAGGAAUAGAAUUGUUGUAGUAGUUGAUUUUAGAUCUUGAUGACAAUUUAGAAUCAAGUUAAAUGGUAACAAAUUGAAUAGACAAUCAGAUUUGUUUAACUGAUAAUUUACAUCGAAUCAGGAGAGAGUAGAUUUUCCUUUGAUUAUUUAAAACCAUUCAUAUUAAAAGGUUACUUUACUGUUUGCUUUUGAUGUUAAAUCAAAAUAUUUCUCUAGUGGUUUACUUUCAAUAAAGUUGAGUAUUUCCAGGUUCAAUCACAAUUUUUGACUCUUUUGUUCACCAAAUGGAAUACACCGAAAAAAUAUUUUAGGCCUUCAGCAAUCAAUCCAACUUUAAUUUAAUUUCCAAUGAUCUUCUCUAUCUGGCUUUUGUCUUUCAUUUUCACACCAUCCAUAGCUGACGUCCCAUUAAAUUUGCCCGAGUUUGUGCCUUUUCGUGAAUCUCAUUUGAUCGCUACUUUGACUAAUAGGAAUACAAAUCAUGUUACUUAUAUGGAAGAAUACAGUUCUUCAAAAGACAAUCGCAAAGGAAAGAUUGAAGUUGUCAGAGGCUCUCAGAGUUACACUAUUUUUUACGAUGAACGUGAUGACUUUCGUGUGGUAAUGACAGAUAGUGAUUGUCAAGUGUUCAAUUAUUAUAACCGAAAAUGGAAUCAAAAGUUACCCGAUAUAAGCAGCGAGCUGGAAAAAAUCUUAAUUAUGCUUGGUCCUUCAAUUUAUUUCCGAAUACAGGCAUCAUUGAUAAAUACGCCAAGUGGAGAAGCACCAAUAUUCUGGCAAGACGGUGGAUCUGCAGUUGUCAGAGGAAUCCAGGUGGACUCUAAAUUCGCAAAGAUUGAGUCUGAUUUGAAUGUGACUGUCUAUAAGCAAGCAUCAAAUGCUUACCAAGAUCCAAAUCGAAUUGAUUUUGAAGGAAUUUUUCUUGGACAAAGUGAGUCUUUUACGAUUGAUCACUAUUUGACGGAAUAUUUAGAUGAUUUGAGUUAUGAUGUUGCGCCAACUCCAGGAAUUGGAUGUGCUGAGUAUCCGACGAAAAAUAUGCCAUUUCCAAGCAAAGAUAUUAUUGGUCUUACCGAUAUUUUCCAUCUUUCCGCUGUUGAAUACACAUAUCAAAGUUCAGAGUCCUCUGAAAGUGACGUCAGCCAGAUUGAUUUAGAGCUAUUUGUCGAUGCUUCAGCUAAAAUUGUGCGCUAUAUCGUUGAUUAUGGGGAUGCUCUUUUGGAAACCAUUUAUGAUUACAAUUCUGGGAUUUCAUUCGCUUUUGAGCAACCACGCUGCACUAUUGCUCCUAUGACAGUCGAUGAUAUUGGCGUUGUUGAUGGUAAAUUUGACGCCCAAGAACUAUUAUGGCAGAGAGGAUCUUUCAAAUAUCUUGGGAAAAUUUUAUUUGAACAAAGGAAUGGAGUAAUUGCUCAUGUUUGGGAAAAAAUUGAGUAUGAUGCUUCUUAUGAAGGAACUAAAUAUGCCAAAAUAGUCACAACUCAAUAUUUCGCUGAUAAAAUCGACAUUUCUUUCCCCAUUCCUAGUAACGAUCAUAAGAUACUACUUGGUAUGACCAGGAAACUUUAUAGUUUAGACGUUGAAAAAAAUUAUCAACUUGAAGAAACCACGAGACGAGAUGUCUACGAUUUUUAUGAAACAAUUUCAGAAUCGGAAUAUCAAACACUGUUCCAAUUUUCUGAUUGUGAUAGUAAAGAAAAAGAUAAGUUAUGGUUGAUAUUUGAAUUAAGACCAAUUGACGUUGAUAAAAUUAAGGAGGCAUUAAAAACAGCUGAACAAAAUUUAAUCAUGCUACGAAAAGGCAUUCGUGACUUAAUUGUUAAGUCGAUUCCUCUAUCACCACUGAGAAUAAACAACAUUGAUUUUGAUUUUUCACAAAACUCCAUCUCAGCUCAUGUUCUGUUUACAGAGAAACCAAAACUAACAGAUGGUCUGAUACGACAAAAUAAACAAAUUUCUAGAAACUCAAUCAAGCCAUAUGCAGAUGAAGUAAAAACGUUAUUCGAUUGUGUAUCCAAAGUUGCUCAUUACAGCAAAGUAAGCUCAAUUGCUUGGUGUAAAGAUCCAAAGACGAAAAAUGAACAGCGGUGCGCUCCUAUCAUGGAUGUUUCAACUUUAAUAGAAUCUCAAGGUGAAGAUUCUAUAGCAUGUGAAAUAUACAGCCAUCCAGUGGGUAAUUUACGUGAUCUAGUCGAUGAAACUGAUCUAUCAACUUUACAUGAUAGCUUGUUGGCCCGAGUAACUAGCAAAAUCUUCAGCGUUGGCCCGACUGACAAUAAAGCAAGAUUAUUUGAUUUCAUCAUUUCCAACAUCAUCUAUUCAGAUGUCUCUAAAGAUGUCAAGUCUUCUAAGCUUCUUUUUGAUCAAUUAUUUUCCUCGUAUAAAUUAAACUCUAAUAAUCCCUUGGUCUACACUCCUGAUCAAUCGAUAAAAACAUUAGGUGAUUGUUAUUACAUUUGUGAAACAUCUGAAGCAAUAGAUUGUACAAGUUUCUCAUUCUGCAUUAAUCCCAAGGACCAAUCAAAAGUUUCAUGUCAAUUGACCAGUCAAAUGUUGCUGGUUGGCGGCGAUGAAAAAGUGAGGGAUGCUAUUGAAGCUGAUGACCAUUGUACUGUAUACAGUAAAAAUCAUAUUUUUGAUUUUGUAAAAAUUAAAGGACGUCAAUUGCUACACUCUGGGGUUAAAGAGCUCGUCAUAACUGCUGAGCAAUGUGCUGCUAAGUGUGCUGCUUCUGCUAAUUGUAAAUCCUUUGACUAUUGUGAUAAAGUCUGUGCAUUAAGUGAUGAUAUUUAUUUGGACCGAUUAUCCAGUCCAGACGCUAAGUGUGAUUCAUAUACGUUAAAAAAGACUGAAAAUUUCAAAAUAACUGGGAAUCACCUCGUUGAUGAAGUGAUGUUCGUUGAGACAGGAGUCAACUUAGAUCAAUGUGCUUCCCUAUGUUUCGAUUAUGUUUCUGGAGAUGAUAAAUGCCAUUCAUUUAAUUACUGCCCUAAAAACCGAGCUCAGUCAACUUGCCAGUUAUCACAAAAAACAAUAUCCAAGAUGAUUCAAGAUCCUGCUCCAAGAUCAGCUAUCAAUUGUUUCAAUUACGAAUUGGUUGAAAGGAAAUCUGAUGAUGUAAAAGCUGAAGCCUCGACCGUCACCUCUGCUGGUGGAAGUAUCUUAGCCAUUGUUUUGGUCGUUUGCUUAGCUGUUGGAUUAGUUUAUGGUUUUGUCGGGGAAUACAUUUAUUUGAAAGUAAACAACAAAUUAAGGACAAACAAUGCAACAGCCGCCCAAUCGCAAACAAUUACAUGGUCAAGGCAGGUCGAUGAAUCAACUCAUAGCAAUAACAAUUAAUUUAAUAACUUCUAAUUUCUAAAUCGUAAUCGAAAUUAUCUGAGAAACUCUCAAUAUUAUCUUGUUAUAUACAAAUCUCUUAAUCGUAAUCGAAAGCACCUCAAAUGCUUUCAACGUUGUUUUAAUAAACUAUGAGCGUUUAAAAUUACAUUUAAUAAAAGCAAAGUUUGCAUUGA